AUGUGCGGAGGAGCCGUAAUUUCCGAUUACAUAGCACCGUCGUGGUCCGAUCAUGGGAAGAACGUGAGAGCUGGGAAGUCUUCCUGGAAUCGGAACGGCGUCGUUGAAUUGACGACGAUCCACGAUUUCGAGGGAUAUUCCGAUGAAUUCGAGCCGGAGAAAUAUCAAACCGGCGGAUUUUCUACGGUGAAGCCGUCGAUCUCCUCCGCGACUCGCAAACCUGCAGGAUACGAACUCUAA